ACUCUAGCUAAAAAUAAAUAAAGAAUGGUUCAGACCUCGGGUUAGACGCCUCUGUCCAGAUUGUCUUCUCCUCAUAGAAUCAUGUCUGAGUUGGAUAGCAAACUAGCAGUUGCUGUCAAUGAAAAACGGAUCUUUGAUGUAGCUAAAGCACUGAGAGAUGGAGCUAGCCCUGAUGCCAUGUACAAGGGAAAGGGAAUGAUUCAUAUUGCUGCAGAGAAGAAUUAUUAUGUUAUUCUCAAACUGUUGAUACUUCAUAAUGUGUCAUUGGAGAAGACUAUGAGCACAGAUACAGAAGACGAUCUGACAGCUUUACAUGUGGCAGUAAUUCAUGAUCAUAAUGAUAUUGUUGGCCUUCUCACAAAGGCUGGAGCAGAUGUGAAUAAAAAGACUAAAAAUGGUCAAACCCCUUUGGACAUUGCAAGGGAAAAGGAUCACUGUGUUCAUCAUCUUGAGAAUAUUGAAAACCUGUUUAAUAAUGUAGCCAGUGGAAAAGUACCUUAUGGAAUAUCUGAUAUCGACAUUACUUUAUUCCGUGACAGUGAUGAAAAGACACUAGUACACAUUGCUGCUGAGAAAGGAUUAAAUGGCAGUUAUUUUAAUCAGUUUUUACUCGAAGACAAAACUGUGCUAUGCCUGAAGGACAAAAAUGGAUGGACUCCACUGCAUUUAGCAGCUUCUAAUGGUCACGUAAAUACUGUUAGAUUUUUACUUAAAACAGGAGCUGAAUUAUCACCAUCAGUUAUUGAGAUUGCUCAUGAGUCAGUUGUCCCUUACUUAAAGAAUCAUGCUACUGAAGCACUUAUAGAGGCUGCUUUCGACUUGAAUCUUGAUGGUGUCAAACAAGCACUUGCUAAUGGUGCCAAUGGUUCACCUUGUCUCUUAGAAGCUGUGUCUGAACAUAACAGGGCAGUGACAUCUUUAUUAUUAGAAGCUGGUGUUGAUCCUAAUGAAGUAGAUGAAGAUGGAAAUACAGCCUUACAUAUUUUCUUACUACAUGACCAACAUUUCAUGAUUUUUCUUAUGUCACAAGCCAUGAAGUCAUUAUUAGAAAAGGUUGAUUCAAGUAUUCUCAACAAAAAUGGUGUGACUGCACUGGGUCUGGCUAUUGCUAGAGGGAGUACUGAUGCAGUAUUAGUAUUCUUAGAAGCUGGAUGGAGAGACUAUGAUAACGAGAAGUUUCAGAUAUUAGCACUACAUUACGCUUCGAAGCAGGGUCUGAUGGAUGAUGUUAGUAUUCUUAUCUCUAAAGGUGUCCCUGUCAAUGUUAAGGAUGAGUUCGACAAGACUGCUCUUCAUCUUUCAUGUGAAAGAGGACACUCUGAUGUUGCUAAUGCACUGAUUAAAGCAAAAGCUGAUGUUAAUUGCCAGGACAAGAGUGGGAAGACAUCAGUUCAUUAUGCAGCUGAAAAUGGACACAAGAAUAUUGUUAAAAUACUCAUUGAAAAUGGAUGUGACUUAAACAUUAAGGACAAAACUGGCAGAAUGCCAAUGAAUUCCUGUUAUGCUAAGGAUUGGACUGAAGUUUUACAACUGAUACAAACAAGUGGUGUGGAAUUUAAUUAUGAUAUGCUAAUAUUGGAUUCUGUAGCAAAAAAUGAUGAAGAAAUGUUUGAGUUAGCGCUGUCUAAGACAAGUGAUAUAACUGCAGUGAUAUUGUGA